CUAUUCAAAAUAUAUUUGCACUGUUCAAAAUAUAUUUAAAAAGUUAAUUUAAAUUUUUUAUAUUAAAUUCAUAUCAUCUAUAUUAAAUCUGGAUUGUGAGAUUGAUAAGUAUAUUUAUUAAAAAAUUUUACAAUUUUUAUAUAUUUUUAUUUUAAAAAUAUAAAUAAAAAAUAAAAAUUGAAACUUUUAAAUCUGGACCGUCAGAUGUCCAUAUUUUCCAUCGUACCAAACAAACAUCUUAUGAUCGUCCCCGUUUCUUACCUUAACGUUACAAGACACUACUCAUGAUUCACUAAACCAAACGGGCUGUAAGCGUCCGCCGCAUUCUUUUUCUUGGGAUACCAGAAUCUCUCUUUCAAGCUUCAAAUAUUGCUCGUGCUCGAACACAGCUGAAUGUUCUUCCGCCCAGCCUGCGCGAUUCAGAAAGCCAGGAUGGAUUCUCUAACCAAAUUGAAUUCUCCUUCCGGAAUCCUUCUCAACACUCGUCUCUGGUCUCAGGAUCAUGAUAAGCAGCACAGCGUCGAAGGAGAUUGCGAGUCCCCUUUGAACCUAGAUACUCCCUUGGAAUUUAAGCAAAUUACUUCAGCUUUUGCAGUCCACCAGUGCGUUGAUGGCAGAGCUGCAGCCUCAAAUCCUUUCCCAUUACCCAUCUAUCGAGAGCAAGAAAUUUUAAGGGACGUUGUUAAUUGGAUGAAGAUGCUAUUGUCGGGGCACACUAUGCGUGGGAUAAGUGAAGAUCUUGCUUACAAGAUGAUUGUUGAGUUGUUUGCAACAAUUGUAUCAAACGCCGAGUCAGCUAAGGGAUUUUCGGCUGUUUACGACAUUUUCACAAAAGAUCAAAAAAGGGAAUUUGAGAGAGCUUACAGGGCCACGUACAAUAACUUCCUGGUCAUCGGGGAUGAGUACUAUGAGUAUGCACUUCAAUUCUUUGAGGGUAAAAUUGAGUAUCAGACCUUCUUGAGUAAGGUCGUCAGAGCCGCACGAAUUACAUGUUCAGCAGGUGGUCUUGGCCCACAAUGUCCAUAUACUGCCGGUGUCUCUGUGGCAUUGAUGAUGGCACAGGUCAAGAUACUCGGGGAGAAAGGGCAUUCCUACUUAGAUGUCAUUCAUCAUUGUGAAGCUAUAGCUGUAGGCGUUCUAAGGCUUCGCUUGUGUUCUCCUUUACUUGAUAACAUCCGCACACAACACGCCUUGGAGGAAGUCGACCCGGAACUAAUCAGAAACUUCUUGCCAGACCCAGUGCAGGUGGCUAAACAAUUACAUGGGCUGUUUUCUGGACAUAGUAUUGGGUCCCCACUGUCAACGGCACUUGAUUUUAUGCCUAAUCGGAAUGUAGAAGUUGUCAGACCAUGGAAAAUGGAUCCAUCUGGUGAGAGACGUGACGUCCAAGGAAAAGAGAUAAAUGGCGCUGGAACUAAUUCAGGCUAUGCAGUCUACCAGCGCACCUAUGGCAGAGCUACAGCCUCCAAUCCUUUCCCAUUAACCAUCAAUUCAGAGCAAGGUAAGACUAUUUUUUGCAUUGUGUUGUCCCCAAAAACGCAAAUCCUAACUACAUUUUUUUUGUCAGGAAUUUUAUUGGGUUCUGUUCAUAGGGUUACGGGGCACUUCUUUAGGAGAUGCACUGAAAAUGGAAUGGAUAUAAGUCUUGCUCGCGAUAUCAUUGCUAUGUGCAUUACAGGAACUGCAUCAAGAAUCGUCUCAACUAAGGUCGUAUUCUCAUGCUUAUCUUUCAAAGUUAAAUGCUAUGGGGUCUUUCUCGGAAGUGCCAUAACAUUUCUUGUUUCUUUUCACGGACAGGGGCUUUCGGCUGUUUCCAACAUUUUCACUGGAGAUGAAAAAAAGGAAUUUGAGAAAGCUCACGUUGACUCGUUCAGUGACUUCCACGUCUUCUGGGAUAAGUACCAUAAGGGUCGAUUUUCUCACCUUAUGGAUAAAAUUGGUGAGGCGUCCAUAUUCAGCGUUGAUGAACUUGAUCUUGGUUCACUCUGUCCGUAUACUGUUGGUGUCUCUCUGGCAUUUAUAAGGGCACAGGUUGAGAUACUCAAGGACAAAGGGCAUUCCGACUUAGAAAUCUUUAAUAGUGUCAAUAAAACUGUCGACGUUCUAAAUAACUGCAUCGAACUCGCCUUUGGGAGAGUCGACCCGGAACCAAUCCCCAACAACCUAUCAGACCUGGUGCAUGGAGCAACUGGAACUUCUGCUCAGCUCAGAAACGAAGAGAUGUCGGUGCCACCCAAUGCAGAUUCUCUGUCAGUGCAUGCAAGUGCUGACUCUAAUAAUACUUCGUUUCUACAGCAGAAAUUGGGCAAAAUUGUUCCAAUCUGCAACAAGUUUUUUCCAUUUGGUCAUGGCAGCCUACUCUGUGGUUUUGCUUGUGCCUAUUUACUGGCAAGGGGUGUAUUUGGGCUUCACUUCAACUACUCGGGUCAAGGCUUUUCGCUACGUGGGCAACAAGAUCGCGCUAUUGUGCAUCGUGGCUUCUCGCUUAACGCAUGGUUUGGAGCUCAGAAAAACGAAAGGUUUUUCAUAGAAACUCUAGCUGACUGCCUUGCUAAAUUUUCUAACAUGAUUCAGAAGAAUUCAUGACAAGAAUCCUAUUAGAGGAGGAUUACUGUUCGAGCUUUAGGGUUUGCAAUUUCUGUUCUUUUUAGUACAUUCGGUUUUUAUGGUGUCGCUGGUUAGACCGGUUGUUGACGUAAUAAUUAAAUAAAAAUAACUAUGUUGGUGCACUGGUCGAAAGAAAUAUUGUUCUUGAAAAAUAUGAAUAAAAUUUUUGAAAAUUUGGUAGGA